ACGGGUGCACCAGUCAGGAUCUAUGGCCAAAGCCGCCUGGUGAUUGAAGCGGCCGAAUAUAAUGGCGCAUAUGCCGCCAUGAAAUCACCAACUAACACCGAACUCGGCCCAUCGGCCGCAAAAAAACCAAAAAAACUAACACAACAAACACCAACAUUCGAUUUCACUCACAUAACUAACGCCGCUGACUUACCCGGGCCGUCAACCCGCCCGGACGUAACACCUCUAACAAUCGACGAUAACGACAACUCACCGGCGCCACUAACGGAAGACUUACCGACAGCAAACUCACCAACAAUAACCGACGACAACUCACAUCUAACAUCGACUAACUCGACAGUAACUAACUGUCCAUACUCACUGUAA